AUGGCAGACCCCACCGACCUGAACCUCGACGCUCCCAGCGAUCUUCAAGAUAUUCCAGAGAUGUCAAUGCAACUCCUUCCACCCCCCGAAGGAACAUUUCCUGACAAGGCAUCUCUUCUUGCAGCAGUGCAGGCACACGGAAAAGCGCACGGGUACAAUGUUGUAGUCAAGUCUUCCAGUACUCCCACCGAAAAGAAACCUGGACGGACCGCGAAGGUAUGGCUCAGAUGCGAUCGGGGCGGACACUACCGUCCGCGCAACGGCCUCACCGAGGAGACGAGGAAACGGCGGCGAACGUCGCGGUUGAUGGAUUGUCCAUUUAUGCUAGUCGCAGCUGGAACUCCUGGCAUUUGGACGCUGACCGUUCUAAACCCGACACAUAAUCACGGCCCAGUUGUCGAGAAGCCCCGGCAAGUUCCUCAUCACAAGGUUCGAAAGGGCCAAGUCGCGGCGGCACCGUAUGAUUGGCCGCAUGACGCGACUUUAACACCAUAUACAACUGCUCUGCUCGCCAGGUGGUUAUAUGGAAUAUCAAGCUAUGAUAUAUCAGCUGCCCAUGCACUUAUUCCUAAGCUACAACAUCUCCUGAAUGCGUUCCGAGCGUCUGGGUUUCCAGUCUAUCAUACACGCGAAGGUCACCGACCCGAUCUCUCCACUCUCUCAAGUCGGGAGGCGUACCGGUCACGGAAUAACGCUUCCGGGCUUGGGAUUGGGUCCCAGGGCCCAUUAGGUCGUCUCUUGAUCCGGGGUGAGGUUGGCCACGACACUGUCGAUGAACUGUAUCCGAUUCCCGGGGAGCCAGUCAUCGAUAAGCCUGGUCGCGGGGCAUUUGCCCACACUGACUUCGAGCUUCUUCUUCGGAAUAAAGGCAUCAAGAACCUGGUAAUCGCAGGAGUGACGACUGAUGUCUGUGUCUCUACCACUAUGCGCGAGGCGAAUGAUCGAGGGUUCGACUGCGUAAUCUUAGAAGACGGUACGGCGGCCAGUGAGCCUUCUCUCCAUGUGAGCACGAUUGAGUCGGUCAAAAUGGAAGGUGGAAUCUUUGGGGCGAUAGCCAAAGUCGAUGACAUAGUGCACGCUGUGGAAAACUUCAAGAAUAGCACCGUGAAGAAGUUGGCUCCUCAGAUGACAGUUUAA